AUGGAUUACAACGUUCUCUUCCCCAGAUUCCACCUCGCGGAGAUUGAGGACCAACCAUGGUGCCCGGAAGUCUUUCGAACAAAUACCCACAAGUUUCUGGCUCGCUUUUGGAAGGCUUCCACGUCGAGCAAGGGCUCACCAGCUCUGCAAGCAUCUCAAAUUCUCGUCCGGGAGCUGGGCGGCCUGUCCAAAGCAUCUGAGUACACUUUCGUCGAUUCGUGCGCCGGAGCCGGAGGGCCAACCCCAGUCAUCGAGCCGAUUUUGAACGAACGGCUACGAUCAGUAGGCCUGAACAGCGUGCAGUUCAAGCUUACGGAUCUGUGGCCGGAUUUAAAGGCGUGGAGGGAGAUUUCCUCGCACAGCAAGAAUAUCUCAUACUUUGAAUAUCCCGUCGAUGCAACCAAGGCCAUUAGGCUUAGCGGGGACAACAAAGAAUGCCGCAUGUACAACCUAUGCUUCCAUCACUUCGACGACCCAGCUGCGGAGAGGGUCCUUUUAUCCGCGAUUGAGUCUUCCGACGCAUUCUUUAUCUUCGAGAUGACCCACCGGACAUUUCCGUCCUUGCUCAACAUCGUCCUCAUAAACUUCCAGGUUUUUUUCACGACUGUUUACGACUGGUGGUGGUCGCCACUCCACCUCAUCUUCGUCUACCUUAUCCCGCUGAUCCCAAUCAUGAAUGCCUUCGACGGACUUGUUUCAUGUAUCCGAGGCCGCACCGCAGACGAGACUUGGGAUCUCCUCACAAGGUCAUCAGGACUGAGCGUCGAGGAAUGGGAGCAAAAGCACGGCUGGGAGCUGCGAAGUGGGCGCGAAAUUGUGCUGCCGCCGUUCGGCACCAUGUACUGGUGCGCAGGAAUCAAGAAACCCAACUGA